AAGCAGAAAGCCAGUUACUGGUUGUAAACUCAACCGUCAAAAUGUCUUCAGACUUUGAGGCUUACGAGCAGGACUUUGGGACCAUUACAGCGGACAUAACUAAUAAAAUUGGCAGAAUUCCCAAGUUAAGUGGAGAGGAGAAGACACAGCUGGUUCUAAAUGUCGACAAACAGCUUGAAGAAGUCAGAGAGUUGCUGGAGCAGAUGGACCUGGAAGUGCGAGAGAUUCCCAUCCAGAGCCGAGCCAUGUACAACAGCAGACUGAAGAGCUACAAGCAGGAGAUGGAGAAGCUCGAGAAAGACUUUAAAAGGUCACGUAUUGCCUACAGUGAUGAGGUGCGCAACGAGCUCCUGGGGGAUGACGCCGGCUCCUCGGAGAACCAGUUGAUAAAGUUACGUGAAGAGAGAGCGCAUCUGUUGGACAACACAGAGAAGCUGGAAAGGUCAUCACGGAGACUGGAGGCCGGCUACCAGAUAGCAGUAGAAACUGAACAAGUGGGACAGGAGAUUCUUGCCAACCUGCACACCGAUCGUGAGAAGAUCCAGAGAGCCAGAGAAAGGCUGAGAGAAACAGACGCCAACCUGGGCAAGAGUUCUCGCAUCCUUACCGGCAUGCUGAGAAGGUAAGAGGCAGGAUCAUCCAGAACCGCAUCCUGGUCUUCAUCCUCGGAGCCAUCAUCCUCCUCACCAUCAUCCUGGCCAUCUAUUUCAAUCUGCGAGGCCACUGAUCUCCCCUGUACACACAUAGCCGCACACUCCCUCCCUCGUCCCCCCCCCACACAAAUACAAACACACACAAGCGUGAUUAAUAGCGACAAAAGCGUUGUUCUGCUGUAAUUAGGACAAAUGGUCCCCAUGAAUCACUGUUUCCAAAGCCUGACAGGGAGCUUUUUUUCCCCCAUUUCUCUCUCCUUUCGUGUUUGCUGUUUCUUUUUACUUUUCUCCCCACUUUGCGCUUCCCUUUCUCUCUCCCUUUUUCUUUCUUUUUCCUCUCCUCCUUUCAGUUUAGUUCUCUGUCAGGCUCUUUCUUACAUCUCCAGGGACAAAAGAUAGUUUUUAUGAUAUUUUUCAUGAUGUCGCCCUCGGUGUGGUUCUGCAGCCCAUCCUGUCCCCAGGUGAACACGACCUGGGUCAUUUUUUUUUUUUUUUUGUAACUCGAAGCAGAUUCAGAUUUUUUUUUCUACAGUGUUUGAUUCAGGGUGUGUGUGCAUGCAUGAAAGACGGGAAGAGACUGAAGUUCUGCACAUGUAUGUACGUUUGCACACGCAUGAGUGGCAGUCAUGGACUGGGGGCCCACACUGUCACCGACACCACCACUAGACACACAUACUGUAAUGCGCUUCUGUAACUAAAUGAUUCAGCUGUUCUUCAUGUAGCCCCUACGCAGCACAGAGGACAGUGCCUUCAGAUAAGAUAUGCUGUUCACGCUCCUGCUUUAAAAGCCUCAGCAGAGCCCAAAAUAGACAAGUUGGCGCUGCCUUGAAAAGUGAGGAUGCACAUGAAAAGGUUGAGGUCAAUUCAGCUUCCUGUUCAUUUAAUCAAGGUGAAAGUUUGUUUUAUUUAGAGGAAACAGUUUGUUUGCGGUUACUGCUUUUGGAAAUAAGCAUUUCAAAUGAGCCUGGAGAUUGAAAAAUAUGAAAUAAAAUGUGUUCUUUUAUGACUUUUUUAGUACAAAAGUGAACUGAUCUCAACCUUUGAAAAACACAGCACAUAAAUAGAGAAAGAAAAGUUUCUUCCAACAUUGCAACCGUCUUUAAUAUCCAUAUUUCUUACAUUUACACUUUCCAACUCUUUAACUCCUCUUGUAGAACAUUAUAGUCAUCAUACAGUAUGUACUAACAUUUAAAUGGACAUCAUGUAUAGUGUUUUUGCUCUCAAUACAAGUGAUUCUGUUACUAUUUAUUUAUAAAUGCAGAGUUUUUGAUUAAACUUCCUGUGAUAGAACUGUACAGUAUAUUUCAUGAUGUUAAAACGUAUUCAGAAUUAACAUUAAUCGCAUUGUUGUUGUUUUUCUUGAUUUUGGGUGUUCGCUGACUGCACACCAGGACCAACUGAAAUGUCUCUAGUUUUGCAUCUUGCGUUUUUUUUUUCUUCUUCUAUAAAUGGAUCUAACUCGUUUUAGAACUUGUACUUUUUUGUUCUAUAUUUUCUGUGUCAACUUCUGAGGAUUUGUGAUGCAGCCCUUGUUUCUGUGUUUAUCUGUACGCCGACUGAUGAUGUGAUACGUUUGCAAGGUGUUUGAAAAUCGAGUUUACUUGCUGUUUAAUUCUUCAUGGGAAAGCCAUUCUUCGGAGGGGGUGUUGGAAAAAAAAUCUAAAUUUAAGAGCAUAUUUGGAGAAUUUUCAGAAGUUGAGAUGCAUGAAGGUGAAGCUACAAACAAACACAGUGGAAUCUUGGAGUGCGUCUCUUGCGGUUGGCUUGGUGGUUCCCGGCGAGGACAUUUGUUAUUCUGUUUCAGGGCCGCAGUCUUCAUUUUGGAAGAUGCCGGGGAGCCCCAGCCCCCCCCACACACGCUCCCCUAUCGGCCACCAUUUCACAGGCCGUCGUCGCCAGCUUCAAAGCCUCAAAUUAAUGGCCAACAAAAUCGUGCGCCUCUGACCGUCCCAUGCGGGGCCGACCCACCAAGAGUUAUCAUUAAAGUCGAGGAAUAAUGAAAAAAAAAAAGGAAGUGAAUGGGGAAGCAUGGAGGUGGGGGGGAGGGGACGGGGAGGGGGUGAAAUCCCUGACAGUUUGACAAACCUCAUCUGGUAAUGACCCUUGGCGGUUGUGUUUUCACCCAAAGUCCACCAUGUGUGUUUGUGCAGCCUACCUACAUGCUGAUGUGCUCUCUUCUCAUCCUCCCUCCAUCUCUGCCUCCCUCCUCAUCUCUCUUGCUUCCUCCCCCCUGUCUCUCUCUCUCUACCUCUCCUGCCACCUUUUCUCCUCCCUCCCUCCCUCCCUCCCUCCCUCCCUCCCAGCCUGUCAGAUGAGCGGAGCGGUAGCUAGCGAGUGAGCGGUGGAAGGCAGCGUGGCGGCGGCUUCUAUUUGAAGUUGUAAUGGUGUCAAAAAGUCAGGGCUGACUGACAGACGUCAGUCCCACAGGGCCUCAUUAAAAACAGACCCACUUGACAAGGAAAUAAUUGAGCGCCGGCGACAACUCGGGGGCCCCUCCGCGUUUUUAGAUGUUUUUAUUUUCUUUUCAUUAUUAGCGCCGAGCUAUUAUGUUCAUUAAGAAAUGGCAUUAAAACAAGUUUUUAAAAGCGGGGAAAGGGAGGGAGGGGCAGAGGGAAGGCAGGAUGCGUGGAGGUGGGGAGAUAACGAUUUGUUUAGAGCCCCCCGUUCUGUUUUAUUAUUUAAACAGGAGCACUGUCAUGUGAUACCUUGGCAGACGUUGGCUAUCAUCUCUCUUCUCUCUCUGCCAUCCUCCCUUUUUUCCCUCCUUUUUCUCCUUUACUCAUCCCUCUCUCCUUCUCCCACAGCUUUUAUCUUCCCCUCCUCUGUCCGUCUCCAUCUCUUCUUUCUCCACCUGCCCGUCUCUGACUCUCUCCAUCCCUUUUCUUUCUUUCUCUCCCUCUGAGCGGCGGGUGUCAUUGGAAUAUGAACUAGAUUAUUCAUCAGUGCCCCCACCACCACCUCCUCUCCCUCCAUCCGCUGAUUUGGUUUUCGACAAGCGUCUCACCGCAGAAGGCUGAGGAUGAAAACUUGUCAAAAAUAGGUUAUAUCUUAUUCCAAGGGGCAACAAUAGCAGCAGGUACAGACAGCUUUUAAUAUUUAAUUUAGACGGGUGUUAACCCUUCUUAAGUGACUGGAGCCGCGUCUUCCAUACAGACGCUGGGAGAGAGGAAACGGGGGGGAGGCGAGCAAGAGGGGAGAGCAAUUAAUUAUUUGAUGUCUGAAAAGUGAUUUUGAAGCUCUCCCUGCCUUCUCCUGUUUGCCAGAGACAGGAUUGAGUCUUUGGGUGUCCCUGUUCGUUUUUCUGCACACGUCUUCCAGCCCUUCUGUCCUGUGAGAGCUGAAGCGUUUCCACCUGAAUCACAUUUAGAUCCACACAGUAAGUGAUCUCAUGGUCUCUUAUUUUGUCAGUGGAAACGGAGUAAUCUUUUACACCACUGUCUUGCAUCAGUCUGCCUCACUGACAUCCCCUUGUGCCCGUGCUCAGCAGUUAUUCUCCCCGGUCCUUUCUACAAGGUUUACAUAAAAGUUCUAAAAGGAAGGUUCCUCAACAAGGAACCUCUGUGAUGCACCACCAUUACAAAAAGCCUGAUGUUUGUCAGCCAUUUAAGACGACAAGGGAUUGUGACAAGCGUCGUUUGAGCUGUCUGUCCCCCAGCGUAGGGCGGGCCUUAAACAGGAUAAACAGCGCCAGUGGUGGGAUCACAACGGGAGGGUGGGUGCUUCAUCUUCAGGAGUGUCCAUGAUGCUGUCACCCACCACACACACACACGCACACGCACACACACACACACACACACUGUAUGUAUUAAAGAGGCCCUGCAACAACAGGAAAGAAAACAACACAAUGGCUCUGUUUGAGAACUACAAUGAAUAUUCUUCUGUUUGAUUGAGCAAACGCACGCUGGCGCACGUAUGGUGGAUGCGCCGCCGUAAACACACACACACACACACACACACACGCACACGCUCCAGUGUAUGGCUGUUAGAAGAGGAGCCAUGUUCUCCAUUUGUACACACCACCAGUCCCAGCAGAAUGGCUUUCUUUCUCUCAUCAGCCCCUUUAUCUGUCUUUUCUUUUUCGCCCCAUCAGCGCUGUCAACCGUUUUAUUGGUGUUUGUGCUCACAAUGAAAUGACAAUGGCCCCCAUUAUUGGAGGAAGUCACAGGGGCUGCAGCCAUACAUGCGUGGAUGUUUGUGUGCUUGUGCGUUGCUACGAUGUGGCCCCCCGUGUCGUUGAGAUGGAGCGCUUGGUGUAAGAGGUGAUGUUGAAUCGUCCGUAUGCACAAAUAUCUGUUGGAGUCCAUCUGUCGUGUCCAUAUGACUCAUGUUUCCCAUCAGACCAGAGUUUAUCAGGUCAUCCUGUUUGACCAAUCAGACUCUAAGCUGCUCCCAACUUGACUUUUGUGACCUCUGUCAGUGUCCGUGUUGUUUGACAUCUGUGAUUAAAGCAGUUCUGAAUCUCCAA